AUGACCCUGGGCCCUCAAUGCUGGCGCUGCCGCAAAAAGCGCCUCCGAUGCGACUCCUCCGUCCCCGCCUGCCGUAAAUGCAUCAUCGCACGCACAGAAUGUCCAGGCUACGGCGACAAGCGACCCAUCGCCUUCCGAGACCCGCUCGUCCUGACGCAAAAGGGCGUCGUUAUCCGGGUCCGGGAUCGGGAGCCGGACGCGAAGGGCCAAAGCCGCGACAGUGACAGUGACCGUAGCCGAGGAAAGACACGGAGUAGCAGCAGCGCCAGCCCACCGGCGUCGGUGCUUGGCAUCGUGUGCCGAUCGCCGAGAACGGCCGGAACCGUGAUGGAGUUGAGGAUAGCGGCUGAUGCCAUGGAAUAUUAUAAUCACCACGUAGCACCCGACCUAGUCCCCUACUCAACCUCAACGUCACCAUAUCAAAUCUCCCCCCACCAAAUAGCCUCACUCGCCUCCUACCUCCGCAACACAUAUAUCUCUAUCGCAGCCCUCCACAGAUACAUCAUCGGACAGCCGUCGUCGUCGUCGUCAUCAUCAUCAUCAUUGACUUCAACUUCAUCAUCAAGUAUCCUAUUCAAACUCUCAACCGACAAUAAGACCCUCGCCACCUCCACAUCCCGCCCUCCUAUCAGGCAACAUGCACCCCGGCCAGGCGAUACAUCCGAACUAUCAAGGCUCAUGGCAGCAGGCGACUUCAAAAGCGUCCACUUCGCAUCCCAAGCAGCCGCCCUGCAAGCCUUAGGCCAAGAACUCUGCGCAUAUCACCAGCCUCGAGGGAACAGCUCACCAAACACCGCCGAAGAUCCAGGGCCCAGCAUCCUCCUCGGCAUCAUGGUGAUGCUCACAUCUCAGAUCCAAUUCUCCGCCUACGCCCCGUGGCAAUCCCACAUCACCGGCGCAUGGAGCAUAAUCCUCACCCACGGCCCCUUCGCCGCCGUCGCCAACUCAGACCCAGAACUCUGCCGCCUCCUCCAGCAAUUCGCAAUCUUUGACAUCUUCGGCACAUCCACCCACGGAGCCAUCAACGCCACCGCCCACUCAUCGUCCGUCGCAGGCACGAUCCUCGCAAGACAAGAAUCCUACGAAGCAAUCUUCCAAGACUCUGAAACCGACGCCGGCAAUCCGUGGAGGCUGGUCCCCAACGACCUGGCCAAGAUCCUGAUCCGCAUCAACGGGCUACGGGCACGGAGGGCACUAUACCCAGAGACGGCGAAGCAUCUCCCAGAAGGUCUAUCUGCUGUGCUAGAGUAUCUCGACACCUCACCGCCCGAGAACUGGGCCGCAGAGAUCUCGGCGACUGCACAGGUCUCGCUGGCACCAACCAGACUGAGCGAGGACCAGGAAACAAAAGACGCCUGGGUCGCACUGAUGACGACGUAUCACAGCGCCGCGGCCUUAUACGCCAUCAGCAGCCUCGCCGGUCUCGGAACCGUACCAAGAUCAAGCACCCUCUGGCCAGAAGAAGCCUCAUCCCAUCUCGCAAGAAGAGAAUCAGCAGCAUAUAGCACACUAAUCGCAGGCCUCCGCGUCCUCUUCACCCAAAGAACCCAGCGGCAACCCUCGCAGUUCCAAAACACAUCACCAAAUUCCAUCGCAACCAGCGCGGGGCUGUUACACAAAUUCGUCAUCUGGCCAAUGGUCAUCGGUGGAAUUCAGUCCACCCUCAUCUACAACGAUCAAGAAAUCACAACCUUCAUGUGCUCGGGUAUGCAAGCGGUCGGUGAAGAGCUGGGCACGGUAAGCAUGAUAGACGGUGCUCGCCUCGUCGAGAAGCUACAGCGGGAAGCAAAGCACGGUCGCAAGUUUUCGUCAUGGGACGAGCUGUUUGAGGGGACACCCUUGUUCUUGAUGUGA